AUGAUUAUGAUGUACACCAUGUGUCCACAUAUCGACCAAUUGGCGGACUUUUCAUUGGAUGCCAUAAUCUCGCGAAAGAGUUGUGAGAUAUGCGGCAGUUGUGGACCCAAUCUAUGGGUUUGUGUCACCGACUCAUGCAAUCUGUUCACAGCGUGUGGCGAAGGAGUGGCCGAUCACUCCACACAUCACUACACAUCACAUCCCAGCCAUCGAUUGACACUCAACUCAACCACUUUCAGGAUCUGGUGCUAUGAAUGCCAGACCGAAGUGAUGGUUGACAACAACACGACUCUGAAAGACAACAAUAAGAUGGACACAAACGGCCACAUUAUGGCCAAUCAGGUCUAUGUCGCAGAUAUUACCGAAGAUGAGACCACUGAUGAGGAGGAAGUGCUGAUAGAUUCUGAGACUAAACCUCGAGGGCUAACAGGGCUUCAGAACUUAGGGAACAGUUGUUAUAUGAACGCAGCCCUACAGUCACUCUCCAAUUGUCCACAAUUGAGCCGAUUUAUGCUCGACUGUCACUCUUAUGUCCGCAAACCUGGAAUCGCUAAAAGCUAUUGUCGUCUAAUCAAAGAUAUUUGGGAUAAUCGUCGACUGAGUUAUGUCGUGCCCACGAGUAUAGCUCAUGGCAUCAAAUCUGUGUUCCCGUUGUUUAGGGGAUACACACAACAAGACGCUCAGGAGUUCCUGCGAUGCUUUUUAGACCAAUUGCACGAAGAACUCAAACAAUCGCAUUAUAAUGACGGCCACAAUAGUGAUUCGGAGACCAAUUCUGAUGCCGAUUACGAAACUUGUGAUUCGGGUCUGAGUUCAGAGAAAAGUGCUUUCGGAGGCGACGACCUCGAGAUGAAUGGUGAUAAUGGCGAAGACAUGACAACAGGUGAUGACAUGGAGUUGAAGAGCCCAUCUCCUUCUUCUCCUUCUCCGACCAUUGGUUCAUCUGUGACCACAUCUGUGACCACAUCUGUGACCACAUCGUCCCCUCAAUCACCUCAAAGAGGAUCAAUGGCUAGCAAUCAAAGCCAAUCUCAUGUGCCGAGUGGACAGUCAGCCCAAACCCAAACGCCCCGCAAACAACCCACUGAUAGAAGGGGUAAAAGUGUGACAACAUUUCGAAGUAUUAUAUCAGAUAUAUUUGACGGAAGAAUUCUUAGUUCUGUUCAAUGCCUUAAAUGUGAUAACAUUUCGACCACAAGAGAGACAUUUCAAGAUUUGUCACUUCCGAUCCCCAGUAGAGAACAGUUACUUAUGUUAAGACAACAACAGCAACAGCUCUCACAACUUCACAACAUUAACCAAACUCUCAACACAUGUGUGUCUCAAACGAUGAGCACAUCUCUGAUUGAUUUGACGAAAGACAAUGUGACCGGUAUUUACAGUUGGGUUUGGGAUUGGAUCGAUUGGUUCAUGGGUUGGAUCUUAGGCCCAACUGUUACACUACAAGACUGUUUGAGCGCAUUCUUCUCAGCCGAUGAGUUGAGAGGAGAUAACAUGUAUUCCUGUGAGAAGUGCAAUAAAUUACGAAAUGGUGUCAAAUAUUCAAAAGUCUUAGAAUUACCAGAAAUAUUAAGUAUUCAUCUCAAGAGGUUUAGACACGAACUGAUGUAUUCAUCCAAAAUAUCAACACAUGUGGCGUUUCCUCUCGAAGGACUCGACAUGUCUUCGUAUAUGGCUUGUAGUGCCGGCGCUAACCAUCAGUCAAACGAGAACAAUACCUAUGAAUUGGUAGCCGUUAUCUGUCAUUUGGGAACCGCUGCUUCUGGUCACUACACAGCCUAUGCACUGAAUCAAAGCAAUCAAGUGUGGUAUGAAUUUGAUGACCAAUAUGUGACGUCAGUAGACCCGCAACAAGUGGCCAAUUGUGACGCUUAUGUGCUAUUUUAUCGCAAAUCAAACGAUGAGAUGAAUAAGCGUAGGGCGCGAGCACUGGAACUGAUGAGACUGUCCCGCAACGAGCCCUCACUCAUCAAUUUUUACGUGUCUAAGCAAUGGGUGAAUCGGUUCAACACAUUCUCAUCUCCGGGUCCAAUAACUAAUUGUGAUUUCCUCUGUCAACACAAUGCUGUCGAUCCCUCUAAAGCACCCAUAGUUCACGAGUUGUGCACUAUUUUCUCGCACUCGGUUUGGGAGUACUUCCAGAUGACGUUUGGUGGCGGACCCGUCUGUACACAACUCUAUGUGUGUCAGAUCUGUUGCCCCGACAAAGACAUGACUGAUCGCAGGAAACGUAUCAAACAUAACAAAUGCAAUUCCACCCAAUGA